GGCUGGACGCCGUCUGCUUUUGUUGGGACCAUCGAUGCUGCGACUUUCCGCGAGUCAGCUGCUCAUUUCCAAAAGCCUUUCGGGGGAUAUUCGGACUCUUUGGCGGCUAGUAAACGCCGUCGACGUCCCUCCAGCUCGCAGUUCGCUCUCGCUUCGCCGCGCGGCCGCGACAGACGACGGCGGUCCGGAGCUGCUGAAUAUAAACAAAACGCAGCGAGCUGCUUGUUAAGGUGGCGCGACGGGAGGGCAGCAGCCACAACAACAACAACCAGGAGAAGAAGGAGAGGAGCAGCAGCACGGUUCGUUAAGUUAGCUAACUCCUCGUUAGCCGAACCGCCAGCAAUGGAAGUUGUCGCACGACUUUGUUAGGAGUCAAACUCCGGAACGCGUCGAACAUGAGAGAGGAGGGCAGCUUGGUGUCAGGAAGGCAGCCCAUGGCAAGUGAGAGACGGGGUGAACAUCCCUGCAGCUGCCGCUACUUGACGGAGGAGAGAGGACCCGCGAACCAGAAGGGCGACCUGAGGCCUCCCGGUCGUCUGUCCCGGUCUUAGUGGCAUCGAAUCGGACGUGCGGCUCAGGAUGGAGACGGUGGGCAAAUUCGAGUUCAGUCGGAAGGACCUGAUAGGACAUGGCGCAUUUGCGGUCGUCUUCAAAGGCAGACACAGAGAGAAACACGACUGGGAGGUGGCGGUGAAAUGCAUAAACAAGAAGAACUUGGCCAAAUCUCAGACACUACUGGGGAAGGAGAUCAAAAUACUGAAGGAACUCAAGCAUGAGAACAUCGUUGCGUUGCUGGACUUCCAGGAAACUGCCAGCUCGGUGUACCUGGUAAUGGAGUACUGCAACGGUGGCGAUCUUGCCGACUACUUACACUCCAAAGGCACGCUGAGCGAGGACACUAUUCGGGUUUUCCUGCAGCAGAUUGCAGGAGCUAUGAGGGUCCUGCAGGCCAAAGGAAUCAUUCACCGGGACCUCAAACCCCAGAACAUCCUGCUCUCCUACCCGCCGGGACGCAAGUCGCACUCCAACAACACCUGCAUCAAGAUCGCGGACUUUGGCUUCGCCCGGUACCUUCAGAACAACAUGAUGGCGGCGACGCUCUGCGGGUCUCCUAUGUACAUGGCUCCUGAAGUAAUCAUGUCCCAGAACUACGACGCCAAGGCCGACCUGUGGAGUAUAGGAACCAUCGUGUUUCAGUGCCUGACUGGGAAAGCUCCUUUUCAGGCCAGCAGUCCCCAGGACCUCCGGCUGUUCUAUGAAAAAAACAAGAACCUCAGCCCCAACAUCCCCAGAGAGACUUCCAGCCAUCUGAGGCAGCUGCUGCUGGGUCUGCUGCAGCGCAACCACAAGGACCGGAUGGACUUCGAUGAGUUUUUUUGCCAUCCUUUCCUGGAGGCGAGCUCAUCCAUGAAAAAGACGACUCCUGCUGUGACCAUGACCUGUUUGCCCAGCUCUGCGUCAGCCAGCUCCUGUAGCAGCUCCUCCACCUCCCACCUCGCCUCGCCACCGCAGUCUCUUGCUGAGACUCAGCAUUUGCGUGCCAAAGCUCUGGCCUCCCCGACCCAGGAGGCCGCCGGGUUCCUCCUCAAGGACUCGUCCGGAGGCGGCGGCAGCAGCAAGAACUCCUCCUCCUGUGACACGGAUGACUUUGUCAUGGUGCCUGCUCACUUCACCACGGGCGAGCUGACAUGCGAGAGCAAAGUGCUGCAGGACAGCCUGAUGAACAGCGGCUCUCUUCUGGCUUCUGCCGGUCUGUGCAGCCAAGCCAAGACGCCACCGCAGUCGCCGACCUACAGCGGAUCCCCGAGUCCUGUCAGGCCCGCCGAGUUCUCGGGAAGCCACUAUGGUGGUAACUAUGGAAACCACGGUCAGUCAUUGCCUAUCCCAGUCCCCUCUCAGGUCCAGAACUACCAGCGCAUGGAGCAGAACCUCCAUUCUACCAAACAGGAUGGCUCGCCACGGCUGUCGACGCCGGUGCGCCGUUGCAGCAGUGGAAGCUUGCUGGGCUUUGCCAGGACCGGACCCUCACCGCCGUACGGGCAGGGAGCGGUCACCGCCACCCGCAGGCUCUCCCUGGGAGGUGCCAGACCUUUCCAGCUCUCUCCACAAGCUCCGCAGCACGCCGAGCCCAGGCCCGUCUCUCAGCAGCAGCAGCCGCAGGCGACGGGACUCGGCACGCGGCUCCACAGCGCCCCCUGUCUGCUGGAGUGCGCCAGUGGCGGCGGCAGGCAGAAAAUCAGGAAGCAGCACUCCGACCCGGUAGUCGCCCCCUCAGCAGGACUGAUGGCCGUCCGCCCUCUUCACUCUUCCCCCAGACUGAGCGAGCUGAUGCAGCGUAGUCCGCUUCCCACCAUCCUCGGUUCCCCCUCCAGGACCAUCCCUCCGUUUGAAUUCCCCAAACCCCCCAGCUCUCCGAACCUCAUGACCUUCCUGACACAGAAGGGUUUGGUCAUCGGCUCCCCCUGCAGAACUGCCCCGGGAGAGCUCAGAGACCUGGGGCAGCAAGCACCGGUCACCCAUCCUGCCCACUGCAUCCACAGACUGAACGAUGAUACCAAGGGCUUCGGAAGGUCUCAGAGUGCCGGUCGCCUCUCCGACAUGCUGCUGAUGGCUGCGUUCGGACCGGGUCGACCUGUGAGUGACCGGGGCAGCACGGAGAACCUGACCUCGGAUAAAGCCAUAGACAUAACAGGGCCCCCUAGUGGUGGGGGAGGAUUUGCACCCGGCUCCAGCAGCCCAGCACAGGUGGUGUUCACUGUGGGCUCGCCACCCAGCGGCAACACCCCACCUCAUACCUCCAGACAGAGGAAAUACUCAGGCUCGUUCACUUCAGUCAGUCCCGCGGGCUCCUUCACCAGCCGCUACCCCCAGACAGGCACCUAUCUGGAUGGCUUUGAGGCUCCCUCCAGCCCUCGUUACAGUUUCACUGAUCCUAUCACAGCCAACAUGGGCGGUCCUGUAACCUUUGAGGCUCCCGAGCUGCCUGAGGAGACGCUGAUGGAGCAGGAGCACACCGACACCGUGCAGAGCCUGCGCUUCACGUUGGAUUUCGCCCGCUGUCUGAUGGAGGUGGCCGGCGCUCGCGGCGCCGUGGUGGCGGGAGAGCAGGUGGACGUCUCUCACGCAUCCCUCCUCCAGCAGCAGAGCCUGGUGGCGGAUCAGAUAAGCUCGCUGAGCCGAGAGUGGAGUCAUGCAGAGCAGCUGGUUCUCUACCUGAAGACUGCAGAGCUCUUGUCCACUGCCUUACAUACAGCCAUGGAGCGAGUGAAACAGGGCAAACUCUACCCGUCUGCUACGGUCAAACAAGUGGUGAAGAGGCUGAAUGAGCUGUACAAGGCCAGCGUGGCGUCCUGUCGCUCACUCAGCACCCGUCUGGAGCACUUCUUCACCAGGAAGCACCGUCUGAUGGACCAGAUCACCUCCAUCACGGCUGAGCGGCUGCUCUUCAGCCACACUGUGCAGAUGGUUCAGACUGCUGCGUUGGACGAGAUGUUCCACCAGGGGGAGGCGUCGAUCCUGCGCUACCACAAGGCUCUGCUGCUGAUGGAGGGCCUGUCUCUGCUGCUCACUGAACAGGACGACAUCCUCAGUGUUAGCAAAUGUAAGGAGUGCAUCGAGCGACGCCUCACAGCGCUGCAGUCCGGCCUCUGCGUUUGACAGUCCUGCGCCCUUCCUCGGCGUGCGGACACGAUGUCAGUCAUUUGCACCCUGCGCAUUAACUAACGAACCAAACCUGCGUCUCAUGGUUUUCACUUUAGAAAUGCUUUAGGUUUCACUGAACCUCCAGGGCUGUGCUCUGAAAGUAUUUCAUCCGUUUUGGACAGCGAACCCCCUCCCCCCCCGACACUAAACCGGGACCGGUGUUGGACACGGCGAGGACUGAAAAUGCCAAGAAGAUUCUCCUCGUGGAGCAAUCGUUGCCAAGUAGUCACAUCCCCGCAUAGUGUGCUUACCUACACAUGAACUCAUAGCUUUUUCAGAUCAACACAUCCACGCUAUGACUUUGCAACUCUACGGACAGAACAUUUUAUCUUUUACCAAGAUCUCGAGCUGGAGGGAAUCUGCUGCACGAGGACACGUGGCUGGGAAUGGCCGUUUAUCAUCAUGUCCGUCUUACGCGCCCUUCGUUGCUCUCCUGGUUUGUUUUUUCUCUCCUGGGUUUGGUUGUUACUCGCUUGGACGUCGGCGACCGGACGUGCGUAUAAGCGCGAUUACGCAACUGUUGCCAAAUUGACCUUUAAAAAAAAAAAAAAAACGUGGUUCUGUUUUCGUGUGAUGUUUUAAUUUUUUUUUAGAUUUACUGUACGUUACUAUACUGGUUUAGCAAAAAUGAAACCCUGUUCGACACUUUACUGAUUCUAUACUUGCUUAAUAUCAAAGUCCUUUAAUCGGCACCAGAAGGGUUGCUUUGGUCAGAUUGGUCUGCUGGUGCUGAAGCAGCAGCAGCAGCAGGCGGACAAUGGGUCCAGACAGCGCUCAUUACCCCACUGCUACGUUUCAUACAUGUUUAGAUCCACGUGGGGCUGAACGUUAGCUCGUCUCGUCACAAUCAUGUUAAACGAUGCUGCGCUGUGCUCUUCUUCAGGUAAACAGAAGCUUACGUGCUGCUGUUGCUGGUCGUUUUCUUCACAACAUUCCACGUUCUGUCUUUUUUUGUGUUUUUAUCCCGUUGGUGUUUAGCAAGUAUAAUCACAUCUGAAUGUAGGGCUGUCACAAGAGAAGCAGCGUUAGACUGAAUGUUAGACGAGUAACAUUCGGGCUGAUCUUAAGGCUAAAGUCUGAAUGUUUGUUUUUUUUUUGCACUGUUGAAGUACUGUAUAGACAGAGUGGAACAUGCUGAACAUGUUUUUUGUAGAUACUUAAGACAGAUUUGCUUAUUUAGAAGACCUUUAGUGCAGUUUUAGUUGUUUUACAGUUACUGUUGAAUGGAAAUGUGUGACAACGAGAUGGUAUAAGCUAUGAAACUUAAGAAAGAGUUCUAUGAGAAGAGAAAGAAAGCGUUUCUUUACACUGAAAAAAAAAACAAAAGAGAAAAAAGAUUUACAUUGACUUGUUUUGUGCUUUAUUUCGGAGUAGUCGGUGGGUGACGAUUGUGUUUGGUUUUUUUGACAUUUGGAGUGCUGGUUGAAAAAAAAAAAAACGUGUAUUUUACCUGAAAUAUUAGUGUGUUGUUGAUGUUGACCUUCGCCAUGCGACCCAGCCAGAUCUCCUCCAAAGUGUGGGCCAAUCGGAAAAUGACUAAUCUACAGAUAGGAGUUUGUGUGCAUGCAUGCAUGUGUGAAGUGUCGUGUGAGCUAUUUAACGAGAUGUGUUCGGUGCAGAAGCUGUAGCAAGAUUCUUUGAUCGACUCCGUAGACGUGGUGGACUUUAGGAGGGAAGCCACUUCUGUUUAUAUACACUGAAAACUAAGGGCUCCUCUGGCGUCUCCCCUUUUCCAGGUUGUUUUUCUCUAAGGUGUUACUUCCUCGAGUUUAAUUAAGAUGCCGAUUAAGUGCGUAUUUUGUGACGUGUGGGACGGUAGCGCCGUCAGCAGGACAGACAGGAGGAAAUCUGAAUUUACAUGGUGUGCAUUUGCUUUGUUGCCUUUUUGUCUUUUUGUCGGACAACUUUAGUUAAAUUUUAGUCCACCGAGAGUGUUUGUUUGAGCGUACAUUCCUGACAUCAGUUCAUCCACAUGCUGCUCUGUUCAGCUCGUAUGGUGACGCCUUCAAAGAAACAGGUAGCAGAACGUUUCUUUCCUUUCUAAAAACAAAACCUGAUGCAUGUGUCACUUUUCCGUUUCAUACAAUCAUUGCUGUCGGCCAUCCCGACGGCGGGAGUCAACAUGAAGACAAUUUGAGCAAAAGUUAGAUGAUAGCAGACUGGUGUAGAGCCCUCUGACCAGCAGGUGUUUAAGGUUUGAAGUAUCACACGAUGAUAGAAGAUGAAGUGUAAGCAUGCUAACGAUUGGGCUGUGUGCACUCCAGCAGUAGAUCUGUCACUGAUUUGGAUUUUUGUUUUUUGUAUGUUUGAGGAAAAACAUACCAGAAUGUUUUCAUUUUGUGUUUCCAUUUGACUACAUCUGUGUAAGCCUACCUGUAAAUAUUGUAAAUUAAGUUAUUGUUGUUAUUGUAUGUAUUCACACACACACACGCCACAGUGCAGGCAUGGAGAGGACAGCCCCACACCAGACCAGACCACCUACACAUUUCCAAAGACUAGGCCUUCUGCUUGAUCUUCCAUAUUGUCUCUUUAUCGUUGCAAAAGCGUUUUAAUGUCGUCAUAUCCACAGCAGACACACUAUCUCCGUGUCCCCGUGUGUGAUGUAACCUUUACUGUUUUACUGUUUGGGAGCUGCAUCAUGAAUAAAGUGGAAGGAAAGGUCACGA